UUUUCACCUGAAAUAGAAGGCAGCAGACGACGGCCGGCGUGCGGCGUGGCCUCGGCGUUGGGGAGCGGCGGCCGCUGACGGUGAUUCCCUUUUACUUUUCUGGACUCGUGGCCGAGAGCGCCAGCGACAGACCGACGAGCUGCUGCCGCCGGUGCCCUCCGACCGCCCCCGCGCAGAUUCAGAUAGAUCGACCGACCGGAGCCAUGCCUCUCCCCGCGAACCUUGUAAUGGGGUCCGCCUUCGUCGCGCUCGGCGUCACGCUCCUCGCCGGCUUCCUCUACGUCGCCGUCUGGUCCAAGGCCCUCGCGCCGUCCGACAACUGGUUCUUGCUCGCCGUUCAGAACGACAGGUAUUACUGCUUGCUUGUGCCCCUGACGGUUCCUGUCAUAAUCGUGGCUGUGUACCUGCAUUGGCUGAGCAUGAAGAUGUUCAAGCAUGCGUGAGGAGUAGCCGUGCUAAACAAAAUCCAUGUUGAUGAGAAUCAUCGUAGGCAUCAUGAGUUCAUCACGGUUUAUUUUUUUGCGGGGGAUGAGUUCAACACACUUGAGAUUGCAAUAUUUUUCUUUAUAUAAGACAAAUUUCCUAGUGACUUUUUUCUUCUUUGGGGAAAACUACGGUGGAUUUUUUUUACCGGAAAAUGCACUUGAUCAUAUUAUAACUGAGGUGUGAGAGCAUCUCUAGCCGAUCCCUUAUAAUUUAACUCCGAAGAGCAUCUCUA